AUGGCCUCCGAAAAGAAACCAGUUGUACUUGAUAACGGAAGUGGAUUCAUCAAGUGUGGUUAUGCAGGUUCCAACUUCCCUGCUGCUGUAUUCCAGACCGCCCUUGGUCGCCCUGUUCUUCGCUCAACGAAACGUAAUAGCAAUCAUCAUAAAAGCAAUAAUACUACAGAUCCUAUGAUGCGAGAUAUUGUUGUUGGGGAUGAGUGUAGUGGACUGCGGCAUCUUCUUGAUAUGAGUUUUCCUGUUCGCAACGGUAUUAUUCAAAACAUGGAUGAAAUGUGUCAUUUAUGGGAUCAUGCCUUUCAUGAUCUUCUACAUAUCAACACAGAGGAACAUCAUCUCCUUCUAUCGGAAGUUCCACUCUUUAGUAGUAAACACCGCUGUCAAUUAUAUGAGGUAAUGUUUGAAAAGUAUAAUUUCCCCGCUAUUCAAUCUGCUCUGCAGGGAACUCUAUCGCUUUUUUCAAAUGGUUUACAAACAGGUGUUGCGGUGGAAAGUGGAGAAGGUAUAUCCCACUGCACUCCCAUCUUUGAAGGCUAUGCGUUACCGAAAGCCAAUAGACGUGUGGAUUUGGGUGGACGUAAUAUCACAGAGUUUCUUAUUCGACUCAUGCAGCGACGCGGGUAUAGUUUCAAUCAAAGUAGUGACUUUGAGACGGUGCGGCGAAUGAAAGAAAGUUUCUGCUAUGCGGCGGUGGACAAUAAAUUGGAAAAGCGACUUGCUCUUGAAACAACAGUGCUUGAACAGAACUUUUUAUUACCAGAUGGAUCAAGUUGCAGUAUUGGACAAGAACGAUUUGAGGCCACAGAGGCACUUUUUCAACCUCAUUUAAUUGAUAUUGAGUGUGAUGGUCUCUCUACACAACUGUGGAAUUGUAUUCAGGCGGCGGAUAUUGAUGUUCGGGCAAAACUCUACAGUCAUGUGGUGCUCUCUGGCGGCUCUACUAUGUUUCCUGGUCUUCCAACGCGUAUUGAAAAAGACAUGCGGGAGUUUUUUCUCACCAAAGCCCUGAAGGGUGAUCACUCACGUCUUGGACACUUUAAACUGCAGAUUGAGGAUCCACCGCGGCGUAAACAUAUGGUCUUCCUCGGCGGGGCCACACUGGCGGCGUUAACGGAGGAUCAGCCGGAGAUGUGGUUUACACGGGCGGAGUGGCAGGAGGGGGGCGCAUCGGCCGUGCGGGCCCGCUUUGGGGCGUGA